AUGAGGCUGUUAUUGGCCACUUUGUUUCUGGUUCAGUUGCUGUUUUCUUUAGCGCAUGUAGUACCUUCUAAUAAUCAGGUCCUGAAUUGUGAUGAUGAGGAGGCCCAUCAGGCAGCUGCAGUAGCAGUUCAGUACAUCAAUGCACAUCACCAUAGUGGAUACAAGUUCACUUUGAACCAGGUGGAGAAAAUUAUACCUCUUCCUUCGCAUGGGGCCGAUGAAAUUUAUUUUUUCGAAUUAGAUCUUUUGGAGACGUUAUGUUCACAUGUGAGUUCAACACCAAUAGAACAAUGUGCUGUGAGACCGAAGAUUGAACAGGCAGUAGAAGCGGAUUGUGAUUUCAAAAUGAGGAAGCAUAAUAACACCUUUGAGGUCCUUAGGGGGAAAUGCAAGUCGGAAAUAAAAUCUACAGAGAAGUUACGUCGGAUGUGCCCAGGCUGCCCUCUGUUGGCACCUUUUAAUGACAGCCGGGUUGUGCAUGCUGUUGAUGUGGCACUGCAUAAAUUUAAUAGUGGAAACAAUACAAGCUAUUAUAACCUUCAUGAGAUUGGCCGUGGGCGAGUUCAGCACUAUGCCUCUUGUUCUGGGACAGUGGUGAAACUCCCUGGAGUAGCUGAUGAAGAUGUCACUGUGAAAUGUGUAAUCCAUGAACCCCAGCCCAGAAAAGAUGCUCAAGCUCCACAGCCUGCUCCAGUGGCACCUGUCGUACCUGGUUUUAUACCCUCACGUUUCCACCAUAACCUUCAUUUUAAUAACCUGGGUAUCCACUCAUCCGAAUCCAACUCCGCUGAACAUCAUCUUCUGGCUGCCCAUGCACAACGGGCUGUCAAGAGGUCAUUGACAGGAGAGCCAGUACAAACUAGUGUGGGAAGGCCUCCUUUGUGCCCUGGGAGAAAAAUACACUUCUAA